GACCAGCGUUCGUCGCCGCUGCCGCCACCGCUGCCCGUGCGCUGAGAGGAGUCGUCGCGGCCAUCCCUGCCGCCCUCGUCGGCCAUCAUGUCCGCCCAGGCGCAGAUGCGGGCCCUGCUGGACCAGCUCAUGGGCACGGCCCGGGACGGUUCAGUGUAUCUUUGCCUGCCUACAUCAAUCUGCAAGGGAGUUGCAGAAAAGCCUCAUGUUCAUCGAGCCGAGACGAAACCAGACAGAGGGUCAAGUUUACAGAUGACCGUGUCUGCAAGAGUCACCUUCUGGACUGCUGCCCCCAUGAUAUCCUGGCUGGGACGCGCAUGGAUUUAGGAGAAUGUACCAAAAUCCACGACUUGGCCCUCCGAGCAGACUAUGAGAUUGCAAGUAAAGAAAGGGACCUGUUUUUUGAAUUAGAUGCAAUGGAUCACUUGGAGUCCUUUAUUGCCGAGUGUGAUCGGAGAACUGAGCUUGCCAAGAAGCGACUGGCAGAGACGCAGGAGGAGAUCAGUGCAGAAGUUUCUGCGAAGGCAGAAAAAGUACAUGAGUUGAAUGAAGAAAUCGGAAAACUUCUUGCUAAAGCUGAGCAGCUGGGAGCUGAAGGAAAUGUUGAUGAAUCCCAGAAAAUUCUUAUGGAAGUGGAAAAAGUCCGUGCAAAGAAAAAAGAAGCUGAGGAAGAAUACAGAAAUUCCAUGCCCGCUUCCAGUUUUCAACAACAGAAGCUGCGCGUCUGUGAGGUCUGUUCAGCCUACCUUGGUCUCCACGACAAUGACCGUCGCCUUGCAGACCACUUCGGGGGCAAGUUACACUUGGGGUUCAUUCAGAUUCGAGAGAAGCUUGAUCAAUUGAGGAAAACUGUGGCUGAAAAGCAGGAGAAGAGGAAUCAGGAUCGACUGAGGAGGAGAGAGGAGAGGGAGCGGGAGGAGCGGCUGAGCAGGAGGUCUGGUUCAAGAACCAGAGAUCGCAGGAGGUCGCGCUCCCGGGACCGGCGUCGGAGGAGGUCAAGAUCUACCUCCAGGGAGAGACGGAAGUCAUCCCGGUCCCGGUCCCGAGACAGACACCGGCGCCACCGCAGCCGUUCCCGGAGCCACAGCCGGGGCCACCGCCGGGCUUCCAGGGACCGGAGUGCGAAAUACAAGUUCUCCAGAGAGCGGCCGUCAAGGGAGGAGUCUUGGGAGCAUGGGCGCAGUGAGCGAGGGGCCGCUGACUGGAGGCUGGAGAGCUCCAACGGGAAGACAGCUUCGCGGAGAUCGGAGGAGAAGGAGGCUGGCGAGAUCUGAGCCUACAUCUGGGCCUGUAAAUAGUCUGUUAAACGUUUGACACAGCCUAAAGUACCCCUUUAUAUUUGCUGAAUACACCUCAUCUUUUGUAGUUUACAAUUUCUAUUGUUUUGGAGCUAGCUGUGAGUUUCUAGAGAUGUACAGAGUUGCUCCUGUGUUCUGGGGUUAUGUUGAGUAGGAAUAAAUAAAUCUGACAGACGGCCUCCUUA